AUGGAAAUUGAAAGAGUGCCUGAACGGCCCAUCGAACGGUUGUGGGAGAGUUAUUUGGGGAAGUAUCUUCCCAUCGUCCCUGUUCUUCAAAACAUCGUACACAAAACGAUUUUUGCUCUCAACCCAGCUUUACUCAGCAAAAGUUAUACUGAACUGACUCAUACGCUUUCGUACCUCCAAGAGUUCAUGUACUCUGGGAUAGGUCUGACGGAUGACGAAUUGAAAGAAUUCUUAACUUUCGCAUACAACUCUAUUUCAGACUCGUACUAUAACAAAAAACACCAAAAAGCCAUUUCGUCGAUUACUGAACUCAUCUUGUCCUCCGCUCAUGUAAAAGGGAUGUUUGGCGUCCCCGACAGUUACAUUACUUCGUUCUCGACUAUCACAGAUGCCGACCAAAUCUAUGGGUUAAUUUAUCUUCGAGACCACUCAGAAGACCCGUUGAAAGGACUGGAACUCGACUACAAACCAUCUUUCAAAAAGAUUAAUAAAGGAGCGGAUCUUCCGUUUCUCUCGGGCCUUCUUCUCAUUCAUUUCAAGAACUUUUUUAAAUUGAGUGACGCAAAAGAAAUCAUUGAAAGGAUCCGGAUUUUCCCGAAUUCGAAUAAUGGAUUGAAGAAAACGUAUUUAAUCAACGCGUUCAUGCCAUCCCUUUCGUACGACAACUUUUUGAAUGACAUGGUGAAGGAAUGGGAACAUGGGUAUACGUCGGAUGCUAAGGACUAUUUCAACAUGAUGUGUUUGUCCGAUAUCUUAGUCAACACGGAGCUCUUACCCGACGACGACUUUAUCAACUUUUUGUUUGACAGAAUUAACCACGACAUCUUCUACGAAUUUAAUGGCGGCGAUGGAGUCUUGGACGGAAUUAAUAACCCGUUUAAAGGCCUUGUAGUGUUCAAACCGGACGAGGAGGAGUUCAUUGGCGUCUCGUCGCUCUUGAUCAUCGCACUAUUGAAAAAUGAAAUUCUUCAAUUGAAUGGGGAACAUACAGAACACACCGAUGCAAAGAUGGAAGAAGAGAAUUUGAAGGUCCCAAAGACUCUUUUGAGAAUCAGAACGUUCUUUGAAAGUGUCCAUCGUGCUGUUUCUGAUGAUAACGACGGAGUUGUCUCUGUCAUUUCAUUUAUUAAAUCGCUUGUUGUGUACUUUGUGCAUGAGAAGUUGCACGAGAAGAUGAGGACCACCUGUGUGCGGCAUUUUGUGUAUUCGAUUUUUAAGACACUGAAGCCGAUGUUCUUCAUGGAUAACGUCACGAUGAUUUGCAAAGAUAUUUUGAAAAGACUACGGAGAGUGUUGUCGAGUAAACCGGACGAGCACCACUUCCAGACGUACUUAAUAGUAGUAUCUUUAUUCAUUGAAAUCUUCGAUGAAUUAGUUGACGAGAAUGAUGAAACAGCUUUAGAAAUCAUUAAAAUAGUAUUUGAGUUACACAGGAAUUACCCAAAUGUGUCUGAAAUCAACAUGAUCGUCGGAGACAUGUUUUUGGUGCUCUCAAGAAGGUUUUAUAUAGUCGACACCCCACCCGAUAAUGUAAGUGAAGACUCAGUCCAGAAAGGCGUCUUUUAUUUACUUCCGGAGAUCAUUGUCGAGUACUUUGGGUCGAUGCUCGAGAUGAUGAAAAAUGGAUCGAACAUGGAAGCGAUUUCACUUGGGAAUGAAUACUACAACUCGAUUGAGACGUUAUUACAUAUUGAAGGAGAUCAUCGUAAAGUGAUAGAAGGGAAGAUCUUGAAACAUAUCAGCGAGAGUACGGUGUUAGUCGAGUGUUUGUCCGUCAUAGUAGAAAUCUUUGUGUACUACUCGGAGAAGUUUGCGAAUGAAUUGAUUGAAAUCACACUGAACAAAAUUUGCGAGAGGAAGAACGAGACCAUUGUUAUCAACGAAUUGUCAACAAACGAAAAAAUCUAUUGGCUCACGAUUCUGUGCACGUCGUUAGCGCACAGAACCAAUUUCACAAAAUACGGGAAAACAGUCAUGUUUGUUAUCAAUCACUUCUUGGACUCGCCUAAAGACAAAGUGAAGGAAAAGGCCAUCGAGUGCGGAAAAAAGAUUUGCGCGAUCGGCGGGAUGGUGUUUUCACUUCCGUUAUUCAAACCGAAGUUUCCAAUCGUCUUCCAGAGUCACUGUGAGCUGACUAAAGACACUCACGUGGACCCGGAAAUCCAGAGCGACCACAAGUUCUUCCAAGAAUUUUAUAACACGUUUGUGUAUGACAAUUUCGAGAAACUAAAACAACUUGCAGAGAUGCAAGACGACACACUGAAAGGAAAAAGAAACGAUUUGCUCCACGUCUUAAGUUGUCUCGAAGUGUUUGAAGAGGCCGCCUCUGUGUUGUACGACAUUCGAGAACACAAAGCACAAUUGCCAGAAGAGUUCGAGUGCCUUCGAUUUGAGUUGGAGUCAGUGUACGAGAGAAAAAUGAACUGGGAAAGUGUUGGUCAUAUUAUGAUAGCAAUUUCUAAACGCGUUCGAACGCUCUUUUUGGACGACAAAAAGAUCAUCGAGAAGUUGCUGAAAAUACUGCGGACGUAUUUGAGGAAACAAAGCCAGAACUACACACCAAGUUCCGUUUCAUUUUUAAUCCACCCGACGAAACGAACGUUCCACACCAAAUUUCCACCUAUCAUCUUUUACGAACAAGCGACAAGUAUUUUAUAUCAAUUACAAUCAUUCGUUUAUGACUUGUUGUACACACAACUUGACGUUGAUCUAUUCAUCGAAGAGGAACUGCUCACUAUUAAUAUUUGCGAUGGAGAUUUCCACCAAUAUUCAAACUCAUGUAACUUAUUACGUCAUGGACAAGCGAAGGAAAUCAUCGAGAAGUUGAUGGCAAACUUACCAAAAGAAAUUACAAAGAAUAACAUCAACUCGUACAUAUUUGCACUGAAGAUCUUGUGCACGUAUGUCAACCACUUGGAAGUGAAGGACAUCUACCUUCUCUUUGACGUCAUUAAACAUUUCAUCCAAAGCGAAUUGAACAACUUCGCUGUCUUCCGCGACGUCGCGCUGACAACUCUGGUUUCACAAAUUGAAUUGGCUGUGGAGACGUGUAACAUCCACCAGAUUAAAGAGCUUCCAGAAGACUUUAUGCAACUAUUGUAUAAGGGGUGUAACACUAAUCCUUUGAUGCAUCGGAUAUUGAGCAAAGUGGUUUCAAUGUAUCUGAUGAAGCGAGGCAAAGUCGUCCCAGUGUCGCUAAUUUACUAUUCCCUUGAACAACUACUCAUGCCUCUACCAUUGCCAAAACGGUAUGGUACAAUUUUGAGACUUUGCAUACAGAACUUCGACAAGAAACGUGGUCUGUUUUUGGUCCUUAAAUCUACCGAUCGUUCCACAUAUUUCAAAGAGAUUGCCAAAAUGAUUCGAAAGAAGACGUUCUGCAUCACUCAAUCAGAACUUCUUUCGCAAGAUCUCAAAACUGAUGACUUUUCAGAACAUCACAACCUCCACCUUAUCAACGAGUUCACGUCAAAGUUUGGGGAAGCUGGACUUUUCUCAGCAGUAGAAAAAAGUAUUGACAUUCCACAAGAUAUUAAGGAAAGACUCGAGAAGUUUGUUGAUGAUAAAGAGAAACUAGAAAAGUAUAUAACACUUUUGGGAUUUAUAGUGACGAAUGACAUUGUUGGGGACGAAGAUGAUGAAGAAGGGAAAUAUAUCUCACUGAACGAUUAUUUGUUAUUACACCAAUUUAUCCAAAUUUUCGGGAAGAAAGUGUCAAAUUUGCUGUUGGAUAUGACGGAGGAGAGAUUGUCAAAGAAAAACAAAGAUGAAUUUAGAAAAGCUAUGGUUCUCUUCCAAAUAGUUCUCGAAGGAAAUGAGAUGCUUGAGAUUGAAGAAAUGAGAGAGGUGACGGAACGAUUGGGACAGAUAAUGGAUGGAAUUUUGAGUCAACAAUAUGAGGACGCUUAUGCGUAUGCUAACCGGUUGCACGCAAUGUUUUCGUGCCGGUCAGACCCACGAAUCACAAAACCAUUUGAACUGAUUGCUAUGGGCAAAAGAAGUGUACUCUCACAGAUGUAUAUAUUGACGGCAUCUCGAGCGCGAUUUGACUUGCUAGACCCCGCGCUUGUUAUCUUCGAGGAGAUUGUGAGAAACCCAAUUGAACAAUUGAUAGAGUGCGCGAUCACAUUUGGGUCAAAGUGUUUGGUAUACCAAAUGCAAUACCCAGAAGAGAUGAAAAACUUUAUGGAGGUGUUUGAGAAACUCGUCAAUGAAAUGCCCGAGAAACGGGAAGAUAAUAAUAACGCAAUUGCGUUGCCGCCACAGUACAAAAUCAUUCCAAAAAUUUUGUUCCCGAGUUAUGAGCAAAGUUUUAUCAUCAAAGAAGAUACCGUGAAUUUAUUGGAAAAAGUGUAUGUAAAGUUGUUAUCGUAUGCAACUUCAACACACGGUGUAAUGGAUGAUGUCGCGGAAAUAUUCGAUAAUUACUCGCCACUAUUUAUGGAAGAAAAGUCGUUCGGAGUGUUUUUGGAAUUUCUGUUGAAAACAAUAAAAGAGAACGCAUGUUCACAAAAUCAGGUUGGUAUAUUGGCUCGAAACAUUAGUGUCACUAUCUAUGUGCACGAAUUCAGAAUGACCGAAGAAAAGAUCAGAAGAGUGUUGGAGACGAUGUUUGAGUUGUUGGUGUCGCCACUGUUACAAGUCAGAAUCAUUGUUGCGGACACUAUUUUAGCAGUGUUUGAUAUUUUCCACCCCAUCGAGUUAAUAUGCGAAUUUAUUGAGAAGUUGAAAAAGAAAGUUGAGGAGGGCGGGAACGAGAAUUAUCAACAUGCGUAUAUAUUGGCGGUGAGUGCUCUCAUUGGGACAUACAAGACUGACAUCCCUCCUUUCUUUGUGAACAUACUCGUCGACUUCGCGGCAAUGCCUUUUGCUGUAAAUUCGUGUAUCUCUGCUAAGAAACGCGCGCUCCUCGAGUUCUGGGAAAGUCGUAAGGAUAUGUGGGACGUAUACUACGCUCCGUUGUUCACCACAGACCAGAGAAUUCUAUUGAAAGAGGGAAGCACCCCGCAGUAUAUUGUGUGA